UCACACUGUGGUUUCUGAUAUAUGCAUUCCCCUCCCCCACAUCCCAUGUCCUGGGGAGCCUUCCCUGAUCCCAGAUAGGCGAGAGGGCGGUGCUUCAGGAUCAGACACCUGGGGGCACUCGGAAGGAUUUGACUCUCUAGUGGGUCCCAGGGUUCCCGACUGAGGCACUUGUGAUACCUGUUUUCCCAGGCUGGGAGAGACCGCCCAGCAAGAUCAUCACCGGGUAGGAGUCCAGCAGAGCCAUGAAGGCAGGUGUGGACGGGUGCAGGCCCCAGGGGAGGGGAUGAAUGGAAUGGGCUUGGCAGUUAAGUGGCAGUUUACAAGGAUAAGGGCCCUCGAAAGGCGGGGGCAUAGCUUGUGCAAAGUAAGGAAUUUGGGUGGUGUGUUUGAGGAAUGGCAGAAAGAUGGGUGCGGCUGGCAUAGGUGUAGAGAGAACUCAUCCUAUGUCCCAUACCUGGCUGGGGAUAGUCAGGACCAGGCCUGGGGACCCUGCCUCCCCAUUGGCUACUUGCAUACUGAAGUAGUUUAGGCAGGGGGUGUCCCACGCACAGUACCAGUGACUGGUGAGGUGGGAGGGGUGGGCAGAGGCCACCAGGGCCCUGUUUGCCCCAGGCUUUGUUUUGCAUUCAGGCCUCCCCACUCAACCCCAGCUUUAUGCCCCCACCACCUGGGCUCCAGCCAUGCUUCACACAUCCAGCCUCAGCCUUUUGUGCAAACUGUCAACCCUCCUCCCAUCUCUCUAGAAGCUUCCUCUCCAUCCAAAUCACCAGGUCCUUUGGGACUUCAGGUUUCAGAGAUGGGCUGCUGUUGCCCCUCCUUCCUGCCCAGUCUCUGUCUAACGGCACAGCUUAGGAAGGGUCUUUUUGGAGCUCGGGGGGGAUGGGCCCUGCAGAGCCAUGGGGCUCACUGGGACCUGGGGCCCUGAGUCGUUGUGCAGCCACCAAUCACUAUGUGACUCUACAAGUUCUCAAACUCCUCAGAGCCUCUAUUUCCCCAUCUGCAGGAUGGGGUGAUCAGCCCUGGCCUCAUUCCCCAAAGAGAGACUGUGCUGGGGCAAUAGUCAGGCUUAUCUGCUAAGUCCUGUCUCUAGCAUUGCGUGUUUGAAUGAAAGAAAGAGAGAGAGGAGGGGGUCAGUUUAGAGGGGCUGGGAGAGUACCAGGGGCUAGUGGUAGACCAGGCCUAGGGCAUUGGCUGGAUGUGGGGAGUCUCUUCCAUUUUCCGGAGCCCUCUCUUCUUCCCACCCGGUUCUCCCUUGGCUGAGCUCAAAGCCACCCGCCACUGCCCAAACAAGUGGCCUCUGUUCCCAGGGGAGGGGGAGGGGAGGCAGGCCCUGGGCUCUCGGCCCGCCUGUCCAGCGCUGACCCUGGCCCCCCCCGCCCCUCACUCUGGCUCUUAACCCUUGGGGGCCUAUGGGUCUUAACCCUUGGGGGCCUGGACUGGGCCCUGGGCUCCUUGAGGGCUGGUGAUCCUUGCCUACCACCUGCCCCUGCUACCCUGCUUCAGGCUCCCAAAGGUUCUGUCACAUCAGGAGCAGAUGGCGUAGGAAAUGGGGAAGGAAGGAGGGAACGAGGGUGGGGGCAGGCUGGAGCAGAUAUGGCCGUGGACACUUAGAGAGCACUUGGCCUAGAAGCUUCUUUCACAGAUGGGGAAACUGAGGCCAAGAGCUAGAAAUGAGGCUAGGAUCACAGAGACCCCUGAUGGGGGUCAGGACAGGUUCUGUUUUGUACUCCAGCCUCUCUGGGGGAAAGGAGGGAGAAAGAGGGAACAUCCUUUAUUGCAUACCUGCGCUGUGCUGGACGGUGCACAUUUGUCAACUAACAAUUUACAUAAUUGCAUAAGACGAGCAGCACCCUCCAAUAUCAUAGUGGAAGAAACUGAGCCUUAGAGAUAGCUGAGUAAUAACAUCAGUGAAAAUGAGGUCAGCAAACAUGCCUGUAGCACUGCUGUAGACACUUUUAUGCAUAUUAUUAUUGCAUUAACAAUUAACCAAUUUCAUCCUGCCAAUAACACAAGAAGUUAGGUAACAUUCUACAGAUAAGGAAACUGAGGCACAGAGAGGCUAAGUAACUUGUGAAAGAUUACAGUGGGAGGGUGAUAGAGAGGCAGUGUUAGGACUCAGGUGUUCUUUGCCUCCUUUGUCUGACUUCGCCUAGAUCUUACUCUUUGAGCCCUCCUAGAGCUGAAUGAGAUGCUUUCCCCUGGGUGGUGACCUAGGCAGCUUUGAACAGAGUGUGACCCCAGCCAAGCUGACCAAGCCCCUCCCUCUGGAGCAGAGUCCAGUCCCUCAGGCAGCUCUUGUCAUUUCCUCUUCUGGUCUUGGGCAGGUUAGAGUCAGCAUCCUCCAUAGCCCUGUGCAGAGGAGUGUUAUGUUUUAGAAAGGAGUUCUGUGCUAAGGGUGGCCACUCCAGGGAGCUGAACAGCAUAAGGAUUUGGCGUGUGGGGUGACAUCGCCGUCCAAUGUACAUGCCCCACAAAACUCAGAGCCUGCCCCUGAAUCAACCCUAGUGUCCCCAGCUCUGAUCAGAGAGAACAUUUUGUCUACCUGCCCCCAAUCCUGGCCAGGCCCUUAGACCUGUACAUUCCAGCCAGGGAUCGGAGGAUAGUCCCAACUCGAGGCAGGUGACCCCAGAUGUGAGGGACAGUAAGGGGCAGUGCAUGGUUUGUGUUCCACGUGGCCUUCCUGUGGAAUGUCUCUGUUUCUCUUUCUCAUCCUUGGGCCAUAGUACAGAGGGGGAGAGCCUGUCCCAUAUUAGGACAUGUGUCCUAGAUCAUUGCGACAGUCAAAGAGUGGCUGGGAGGGGACGUGGAAUUAAGUGACCAAUUCAAUAACAAGUCAUUAUUUAAUAGUAGUAAUAAUAGUAAUGGUAGCUAUUAUUUCUUGGAAGCUUACUAGUACCAGGCAGUGUGCUAAGCACUUUAUAUACUGAAUUCAUUUAAUCCUCAAAAUAGUCUUAUGAGGUAGGCACCAUUCCCAUUUUACACAUGAGGAAACUGAGGUUCCAAGAAGUUAAGCGAUUUGCCCAAGAUCAUCCAUUACAUAGAAUAGCUGGGAAUCUCAAUUUCCAUUUCUUCACCAUGAAAACCCCAAUUACUGGGAGGCAUUGCAGACAGAGGAGGUCCACAUCCAGUCCUACCCUGGGAACUCUUAGUCAGUGACAGACAGAGACUAGAGGGCCCCCUGGUCAGGUGACACUGCUGGUGACCAGCUGUGGAUCUGGGAUGCCCUCAAGGGUACAAGGGUAUCCUGCUUGCAGACUGGACUAAGGCCCCAGCCCUGGGAUGAGCAUGUGGAGGUCUGGUUUCUGCUAUUGUCAUAUUCACCUUGGCUCUUGUUCAUACAGUGAUUCUGCCAAACCCCAUUUUGCUGAUAAGUCUAAGGGCAGUAGCAGGUGGUGACUUGCUUGCAGUCUCCCAGUGAAGGAAAGCAAGAGCGGGCACUGGAACCACGGCAGGGUGCUCUGAGGCCUGCACUCUACCCCUCUGCCUUGAGCUUCCUUCAGACCCAGCCCACACUGCCUUGCUACAAGGUCCAAGUCUUUUCUCCUUGACCAAACCAGGAACCUGAGUCCUGUUGGGGUGCUGGGACUUUGCUACAGCAGAGCAUCAGUAACUGAACCACUCUGGAAACACGGUUCCAGAGCCCAGAGACGGGGACCACCUGUGGUCCAGUGUGUGGGAUCCAGGGCCAGAGGGCCUGGAAGAUUGAGGCAUCAGUGAGUCGUCCCUGAGGGGAUGUGUUAAAAUCUUCCACCUGUCCUUAUCUUCAUUGUUGUGAGGGCAAAGGUAAAGGCCAGAAGGUGGGAGAGGAUCAGGAUGGCCACUCCUCUGUUCUCAUUCUCAGGGUGGGACCAGGGGCCACACCUGGAAUCUUGGCUGUCAGUGGCCCUUGGGGAGCUUGGGCUGGCCCUGCCUCCUUCUGGCCAGGCCAGUGCUGGGGUGGCUUAGCCCCCAGGACAGAAGACCAGAAGCAAGCCUGAGCUGCUACUGCGCUUUGGCCUUCCAGGUGCCAGGGUCUUCCCUGCCAGCUUUCUUCCUACUGGCCCAGCGAGCACUGCCCUACCCUGGGAUCCCUCUCUCCCCUCCCCAACCUGUAAUGCACAGGGCAGGGGUCUUCUGUAGUCAGGCGCACAGUCAGGAACCCGGGGUCUGUCUCAGGCUUCCAGCUCAGUGAGAGACCUUUGGCUGGGCAUUUAGCCUCACUGGAUUCAACUUCUCUGGAGCUUCAGGAAGGGGCAGUAAGAAGCAGCUCUGGGGACCCGCCAGGCUUACCAGCCCCCAGAUGUGAAUCAGACAAGACAGAACAGCUCCCGCCCUGGACCGAAAUGAGGAGCCCUUCAGAAUAGCUGCUGUCUCUGGGAGGACCCGGGUGUCCUUGGCAGCCCAGCUGCUCUGGACAGAGCCCUGCCAGUAGGGCCUCUGCUGGCAGGAACCAUGGCAGAGGCUGGGGAUGCUGCACUGUCGGUGGCUGAGUGGCUGCGGGCAUUGCACCUGGAGCAGUACACAGGGCUCUUUGAGCAGCAUGGCCUGGUGUGGGCCACUGAGUGCCAAGGACUCAGCGACGCCCGCCUGAUGGACAUGGGCAUGCUACUCCCUGGCCACCGCCGCCGCGUCCUGGCUGGCCUGCUCCGUGCCCACACCCCGCCGGCCCCCGCACCCCGCCCCACCCCACGGCCCGUGCCCAUGAAGCGCCACAUCUUCCGCUCACCACCUGUGCCCGCCACUCCACCUGAGCCGCCGCCUGCCGCUGCUACAGUGGAUGAGGGGCUCCCCGCCGCCCCGCCCAUCCCGCCCCGGAGGAGCGGCCUUCCGCCCACGUGCUUCGCCGCCCAGUCCGCAGCCCAGUCCGCAGCCCCGUCCACAGCCCCGUCCACAGCCGUCCGGGACCCGGUGCUGCCCCCGCUGCCUGCUAAGCAGCAUUUGGCAGAGCUGAGCGUUCCACCCGUGCCGCCCCGCACCGUACCCCCCCGCUUGCUGGUGAGCCUGCCUUCUUCCAAGGAAGAGGAGUCAUUGCUGCCAUCAUUGUCAUCCCCUCCCCAGCCAGAGCCUAAGGAGCCCCUGUCCCCCCUCCCCCAGGCGCCUCCCCACUCCCCGUCUCCACCUCCCUGUCCCCCGGAGAUACCUCCGAAGCCGGUACGCCUGUUCCCGGAGUUUGAUGACUCUGACUACGAUGAGGUCCCAGAGGAGGGGCCAGGGGCCCCAGCCAGAGUGAUGACCAAGAAGGAGGAGCCCCCACCGAGCCGAAUCCCACGGGCCGUGCGCGUGGCCAGUCUGCUGAGCGAGGGGGAGGAACUGUCUGGGGACGACCAAGGGGAUGAGGAUGAGGAUGACCACGACUAUGAGGGCGUCCCCAAUGGCGGAUGGCACACCAGCAGCCUGAGCUUGCCCUUGCCCAGACCGGUCGCUGCACCACACCCCAUGGACGGGCCGCCUGGGGGCGCCACCCCCGUCACACCAGUCAUCAAGGCCGGCUGGCUGGAUAAGAACCCUCCUCAGGGAUCUUACAUCUAUCAGAAGCGGUGGGUGAGACUGGAUGCUGAUCACCUGCGAUACUUUGACAGUAACAAGGAUGCUUACUCUAAGCGCUUUAUCUCUGUGGCGUGCAUCUCCCGUGUGGCUGCCAUCGGGGACCAGAAGUUUGAAGUGAUCACAAACAACCGGACCUUUGCCUUCCGGGCAGAGAGUGAUGUGGAGCGGAAGGAGUGGAUGCAGGCCCUGCAGCAGGCCAUGGCUGAGCAGCGUGCUCGGGCACGACUGUCUAGUGCUUAUCUGCUUGGAGUUCCAGGCUCAGAGCAGCCUGACCGUGCUGGCAGCCUGGAGCUGCGUGGCUUCAAGAAUAAGCUGUAUGUGGCCGUGGUCGGGGACAAAGUGCAGCUCUACAAGAAUCGAGAGGAGUACCAGCUGGGCAUUGGCAUCACCUUCAUCGACAUGAGCGUGGGCAACGUGAAGGAAGUGGACCGGCGCAGCUUCGACCUCACCACACCCUACCGCAUCUUCAGCUUCUCUGCUGACUCGGAGCUAGAGAAGGAGCAGUGGCUGGAGGCCAUGCAGGGAGCCAUCGCUGAGGCCCUGUCUACCUCGGAGGUGGCCGAGCGCAUCUGGGCUGCAGCCCCCAACAGGUUCUGUGCUGACUGUGGGGCUGCCCAGCCUGACUGGGCCUCCAUCAACCUCUGUGUUGUCAUCUGCAAGCGCUGUGCAGGAGAGCACCGUGGCCUGGGUGCUGGCAUCUCCAAGGUGCGGAGCCUGAAGAUGGACAGGAAGGUGUGGACAGAAACACUUAUCCAGCUCUUCUUACAGCUGGGUAAUGGUGCUGGGAACCGCUUCUGGGCAGCCAACGUGCCCCCCAGUGAGGCCCUACAGCCCAGCAGCAGCCCCAGCACCCGGCGGCGCCACCUGGAGGCCAAGUACCGUGAGGGCAAGUACCGCCGCUACCACCCACUCUUUGGCAACCAGGAGGAGCUGGACAAGGCCUUGUGUGCUGCAGUGACCACCACAGACCUGGCUGAAACCCAGGCACUCCUGGGCUGUGGGGCUGGGAUCAGCUGCUUCUCAGGGGACCCUGAGGCCCCCACGCCCCUGGCUCUUGCAGAGCAGGCGGGGCAGACACUGCAGAUGGAAUUUCUUCGGAACAACCGGACCACAGAGGUGCCUCGGCUGGACUCUAUGAAGCCCCUGGAAAAGCACUACUCAGUUGUUCUGCCGACCGUGAGCCACAGUGGCUUCCUCUACAAGACGGCCUCUGCCGGCAAGCUGCUGCAGGACCGCCGGGCCCGGGAAGAGUUCAGCCGGCGCUGGUGUGUCCUUAGUGACGGAGUCCUGAGCUACUAUGAGAAUGAGCGGGCAGUGACCCCCAAUGGAGAGAUUCGGGCCAGCGAGAUUGUGUGCCUGGCAGUGCCCCCUCCCGACACCCACGGCUUUGAGCACACCUUUGAGGUAUACACAGAGGGAGAACGGCUGUACCUGUUUGGUCUGGAGAGUGCAGAGCAGGCUCAUGAGUGGGUCAAGUGCAUUGCUAAGGCAUUUGUGCCUCCCUUGGCCGAGGAUCUGCUGGCCCGCGAUUUUGAGCGCCUCGGACGCCUACCCUACAAAGCUGGCCUGAGCCUGCAGCGGGCCCAAGAGGGCUGGUUCUCUCUCAGUGGCUCAGAGCUCCGAGCUGUCUUCCCCGAGGGGCCCUGUGAAGAGCCGCUGCAACUACGGAAACUGCAGGAGCUUUCCAUCCAGGGGGACAGCGAGAACCAGGUGCUGGUGCUGGUGGAGCGAAGGAGGACACUGUACAUACAGGGCGAGCGGCGGCUAGACUUCAUGGGUUGGCUGGGGGCCAUCCAGAAAGCAGCCGCCAGCUUGGGGGACACGCUGUCGGAGCAGCAGCUCGGGGACUCGGAUAUCCCUGUCAUCGUAUAUCGCUGUGUGGACUACAUCACGCAGUGCGGCCUGACCUCGGAGGGCAUCUACCGCAAGUGUGGGCAGACGUCGAAGACGCAGCGGCUGCUGGAGAGCCUGCGGCAGGACGCACGCUCUGUGCACCUCAAGGAGGGCGAGCAGCACGUGGAUGAUGUCUCCUCGGCGCUCAAGCGCUUCCUGCGCGACCUGCCCGAUGGGCUCUUCACUCGCACCCAGCGUCUAGCCUGGCUGGAAGCCUCAGAGAUUGAGGACGAGGAAGAGAAGGUCUCCAGGUACCGAGAGCUCCUGGUGCGGCUGCCCCCUGUCAACCGGGCCACGGUGAAGGCCCUUAUCAGCCACCUGUACUGUGUCCAGUGCUUCUCAGACACCAACCAGAUGAAUGUGCACAACCUGGCAAUUGUGUUUGGGCCCACGCUCUUCCAGACGGAUGGGCAGGACUACAAGGCUGGCCGUGUGGUAGAAGACCUCAUUAACCACUACGUGGUGGUGUUUAAUGUGGAUGAGGAGGAGCUCAGGAAGCAGCGGGAGGAGAUCACUGCCAUUGUGAAGAUGCGAGUGGCUGGCACUGCCAGUGGGACCCAGCAUGCUGGUGACUUCAUCUGCACAGUGUAUCUGGAGGAGAAGAAGGCAGAGACUGAGCAGCAUAUCAAGAUCCCAGCAUCCAUGACUGCUGAGGAGCUCACCCUGGAGAUCCUGGAUCGCCGGAACGUGGGCAUCAGGGAGAAGGACUACUGGACCUGCUUUGAGGUCAACGAGAGGGAGGAGGCAGAGCGCCCCCUGCACUUCGCGGAGAAGGUACUGCCCAUCUUGCACGGGCUGGGCACGGACAGCCAUCUGGUGGUGAAGAAGCACCAGGCCAUGGAGGCCAUGUUGCUGUACCUGGCCAGCCGUGUUGGUGACACCAAGCAUGGCAUGAUGAAGUUCCGUGAGGACCGCAGCCUUCUGGGCCUGGGCCUGCCCUCAGGCGGCUUCCACGAUCGCUACUUCAUCCUUAACAGCAGCUGCCUGCGGCUCUACAAGGAGGUCCGGAGCCAGAGGCCAUGGAGCGGGGCCCCUGAGACCAGUCACCGGCCUGAGAAGGAGUGGCCCGUCAAGAGUCUCAAAGUCUACCUGGGAGUGAAGAAGAAACUCCGGCCACCCACCUGCUGGGGCUUCACAGUGGUGCAUGAGACAGAGAAACAUGAGAAACAACAGUGGUACCUCUGCUGUGACACGCAGAUGGAGCUCCGGGAGUGGUUCGCAACCUUCCUGUUUGUGCAGCACGACGGCCUGGUGUGGCCCUCAGAGCCCUCUCGUGUGUCCCGGGCGGUGCCUGAGGUCCGGCUGGGCAGUGUGUCACUGAUCCCCCUUCGAGGCAGUGAAAACGAAAUGCGCCGGAGUGUGGCUGCCUUCACCUCGGACCCUCUGUCUCUCCUACGCAACGUCUGAGCACAGGAGCCCACCCUUGGCUCUAGGAUUCUGCUGCUGGAAGCCUUCUGUUGAGACACCCAUUAUGCCCCAAGGCCUGGUGUGCGCCAGCAGAGGUUGCAUGGGAACCGGCACCCCACACUCACGUCCUCCAUCCUGACUGUAGCAUGGGGUUCCCUGGCUGGGGUGGGAGGCAGCAGGGUUAGCCUGGGUGGGAGUCUCUCCCAGCUGUGUCCAGGUGUUCAGUUCUCUUGGCCCAACCUGCUCACCCCCCGGGUUCACUGUCCCUGAGUUUGUGGGGCUGGAGAGAUGGGCAUAAGUCAGGAACGUGGGAGGACCACCACCCUUUAAGAGACUUGAGGCCCUGGGGCCCCCGCUGGAAGGGAGCCCUCUGCUCCCCACAACAAACUCCAGAACAGCAGAAAGCGGGUGCUCUAGAGGAGCACUCCGCCUGAGGGGAGGGAGCUCUUGGCUGAGCUUCUACAGAGCUGAGAGCUGCACUUUCAGGUUUUCAGCCUGCCUUCCAGUCUGGGCUGACUGGGAGGUCCAGAAGACCCGAUGCCCCUUCCCCACUUUGGGGGCUUUUUGAUAAUAUAAAUAUAUCUGUAUAUUUUACCCUAAG